AUAUCAGAAAGUAUAUUUGGCCGCACUGCCAAAUCUGCGCCAGCGAAAAACGCUACGAAGAACAGGCAUUUUGGGGCUAUACACUGCUGUAGCGGUACCUGAAAAAUUGGGAGCCAAAACGAAGGGAACACCUAUGAAUCGCGUCUUAUUUUCACGUAAAACUUUACGGUACGGUCAGAACAAGUCCCGAAGCCUAAAGUGACCCGUUUCACGCAGCCCAAAAUUUCGUCUAGCUGAAAUAUUUUCAUCAGGUUUGUUGAGUUUGUUCAAUGUUUGUUUGACCAACAGUCUGAUGCUUACACAAGGUAGAUGGACCAGGUGAGGCCGGAAUCAAAUUCAACGUUAUAGACGUAAGAUCAAGCUGGCUGUAUUCGUUGAAGACCGAUACUUGACGGGACAAGAUGCCCGGUUCGUAGACCUUGUCACUGAAGAUUUGGAGACUUUUCAUGAGUAUGGAGACGUGAACAGAGUGUUGGUGUUCCCAGCAGUUAACAAGUACUACCGUUUCCUGAUUCACAAGACAGUGGAGGACUUCCCGUCCCUGGCCAGCUUCUCUGUAGGGCAGGAGGAGGGGCGCAGGACUGUGGUCUGUUUCCAGUCCAUCAGGAAGAUGCCAGAGGAAUCAGAGCCAUUGAAAGAGAAGAAAAUGGCACAAGAUUGGCGUCGGGGACAGAGAUCACAGGAGUGGGAGCGUGAAGACAACCAGAGACAGAGCAUGCCCUGUGGAACAUCACCCAGAGCUGGCAGUGAGAGAGAGGCAUCAUGCGCUGGAACACAGGCUCAAACUAAAGAUAGGUCGAGACGAACAAGGAAACCAGAGGUUCAGAUGUAUGUGCCACGCCCCAUGAGAAACAGGCUGAAGAAGCAAGCAGACACUUCCAGGUCCUCAGUGCCGAGUUCUCAUGAAGCUAACCAACCAGAAAUAAAAAAGCAAUCGUCAGAAGAAAAAGGCAAGAAGUCAAGCCAUCCAAGGAAAUGUAUAGAUAGUCAAGAAAGGUUUGAAGAGCCGACAGAAAAACGAGAAAAACUGCACAAGAGUCACAGAGAAAGCCUACCAACAGGAUCAAAGAAAUACAGAUCAGAUAAGGAGUGUGGGCAAGGCAAUGAUAGAGUUAAGAAAGAUGAUGGGCUAAGGCAGAAGGGAAUAAAAGAGAUGGCUGAUAUAAGACCCAAAUCACAAAGCAGUGACAGACAAGUCAGAGAAAGCAUCAAGAAAGAACCAGUCGCAACAGUAGGACAGUUACAGCCUUGGUCAUUAGCCUCAGAUUGUGAAGCAACAGAAACAGUGCAAAAUACAAAGGAAUUGUCACUCCCUGAUCAAGAGUCCAAGGAAACUCCAGAGAAAGAUGCUAAAGUGCCAAAUGCUGUGCACUUAAUUUCUCUUCCUGGGCCAGGGUCAAAUAGAAAAGAACAGCAAGUUAUUAACGAUUCUGAGACUGUAAGACAAGAAGAUUAUUCUAAAUCUGCUGAAGGCAUUACCUGCCCCAAUGUCCCGAGUACUGAAAGCUAUAGUCAUUGUUCCUCUGGCUAUAAUAUACACAGGGAAGCCUCUUCUGGGUUGACAGAUGUUGAAAUGUCUUUUCAGGACAAUUCAGGGAAGACAGACUUGUGUAAUGAAGUAUUUAACGACAUUAGAUUCACAGAUACUGUUAACAUGUUUAGCAAAGAGGACACUGAGCACAUACUAGUAGGUGAUCAGUCCAAAGCAAUUCUACAAUCACAUCAUUGUGUUGAAGUUGACAGUGCGCUAACUGUAACAAAAGAAAUGGAAACAGAAUUGGCAGCACACCAGCAGACACUAUCACUGAUGUCCACACAUCACGCACAGCUGGCUGGAGACAAAACUCUAGAUGUUCAAGAUGUUCCUUGUGACACCAAAAGUACCACAUCAUCUAUUGAAGUUGUCGAUGUGACAGUUGGUAGUGAAAAUACUACCGGUAACCCAGAAGGUAUAACCUCAAGUUUAAGGGCUGGCGAAUGCACUGUUCUCACAGACAAAGAGAAUUCUGAACAAACCAAAGAGACAAACUCACCAGAACUUACAUCAGAAAACAAAACUGGUGUGGAAAACUCAAGUAAUGAAAACGAUGAUGAGGAUAACAAUGAGGAAUUUUGGGAUGCAGAAACAGAACUCAAAGGGACGGACCUUGCUAAAGAAGAUGGUGUCAUGCUAGAAGAGCUGGAGGCCACCUGUGAGGAUGGACAGCAGGGUGUGGCUGUUGCUAUGGAAACAGAUGAAGAAAACUGGGAUGCCAUGUUUGAUGAUGAUGGGGAAUGUCUUAAUCCAGACCAUAUGGAAGAGUUGCUAUCAGGUGUAAGGAUGGUAAAGGUGACAACACAGAAGCCUAAACAUGACUACUGGAACUGGACACCCAAGGAAAUCCAGCUGGAGAAAGGAUAUGAACAUGUUGUGGAACUAUCUGACUUUCCAGCUGAGUUCAAGACACCAGAUCUUGUCUCUGCACUAGCAGAAUUCCAAUCCCAGGGCUUCAACAUCAAGUGGGUGGAUGAUACCCAUGCUCUGGCAAUCUUUUCCACUGGUGCAGUAGCAAUGAGGGCUUUGCAAAUUAAAAACCCACUACUGAGGGUUAAGCCCAUGUCUGAGGCAACUCAACAGUCCAAAAAAAAGGUCAAGAACUGUGCAGAGUUCCUCCAGCCCUUCAAGUCACGCCCUGCGGCCUCUGCUAUGGUUGCCCGUAGACUGGUUAGUGGAGCUUUGGGUGUCAGGGCCAACAUACCCAAGGAAAAACGGGAAGAAGAGAGACGCAAACUUAAAGAGGCCAAAGAACGGAAGAGGCUGGAGAUAGAACAGCGGGAAAGUGCAUGGGAAGGAAGAUAGCACAAAAAUUAAUGCAACUUACAAACAUCAUUGUUUGGAUUGAAAAUGUUUAAGAGCUUUGUCUGAAUGAUGAUCGCAUAACAUUGAGACCAGUAUUUUGCAUGUUAUCAUGGGCAUGUGCAUGAUAAAAAGUACAAAAUAAUUCAACUUACUUGUACAUAGAUUUUGAACAUCUUCAGUUUGUAUGCAGGAAACGAUUUCAAAGCAAGUUUCUUUCAGAUGCAUGCAUGCAAAAAGUAUGUGUUCCUGCAGUAUGUCACCAAACUGUAGCACUUUGGCGACUGUUUAUUGCAGCACAGGGUUGUAGCCAGCCUGAAAUCGGGGACGUGCUCUACUGGAAAAUUUUGAAAUCUAGACCCUCUGAAAUGCUUUUUCCUGCAUUUUGAGGUGUAAAUUUUGUUGGUAGACUAAGCUGUUCAAUGCCAUCUAUUUUGGUGAAAAAUUACACAAUUUUUAAAAUAUCUUUUUUAUUAUCAAUAUUUUUUGGUCACAGAGGACGGCAUGGGAAAAAUUAUUUUCCGCCCCGAGCUUCAAAGUUCCGUCAAAGGACGGAAGAAUGGUUACUGGCUACAACCCUGUUGCAGCACCUUUUUGAAGUUGUGCCUAUUUUCCCUUGGCGGCACACUCAGACUCACAAUGUUGUAAAUGGAUUACAAUCCAAUAUAAACAUACAGUAGGUAGCAUAUCAUGAAAUAUAGGUAUAACCUUAAAAGACUCUUAGACUAACAAUAAAUUAUGACCAAGCAAACGGACACAACCAUAUACCAGAUUUCACUGUUUUUUGUACCGUGUAUGUCUUAUGACUCGGGUUUAAACUAUCAAAACAAACUUUGAACUGACUUUUUACAGAUUUAAUGGCACUUGUCAGCAUUCAGUUUGCACCCAGUGGUGUCUAUUGGCUCCCAUUUUAGCAUGUAGUUCAUGGCAUUUUGUCCCUUUUUUAAAACUUUAGAAAAUAGGCCAUUUCAGGUGAUGCAGUGGUGUUCAUUGGCGCAGAUGCAUCGGCACCUGUUCGUGGUAAAAAUGUGAGUUGCCAACGUGCCGCCAUCCUUGGAGAUGAUACCCCUUUAGUUAAAUGUGAAAUUUCUGGCUAACCUUGCAAUGCAGGUUUUGUUCUUGUAUCAUUCAAAAUUUUGCAGAAACAGAAGCUUUGCGGGUGAAUGAGGAUUUUUUAGUCAUAAAUGGAAACUGGCUUGGUGUUAGCAGUCAUAUUUUAUCUGACUCUUACUUCCUUCAUGACAUAAUAAAGGUUGAAACAAACAAAGAAGCUUAGUUGUGUUAUUGAAUAAUUUACAAGUUGAAUUGAUAUUUUUCCAAAUGGAAAAAACUUGAAAAGUACUUCACAAAACAGUUCUUUUAUUUGUAAUCAACAUAAUCUUAACAUGAAAAAUGUGUCCUGGGCACCCUCAAACAUGCUAUGGUAUUGUAUUGUAUGUACCACAGUGACAUCAUUUGUUUCUACCAAGGAUGUUUUAUCAUUCAACUAAACACCCAAUCCAACAGAAAUAAAUACAUUUUUACUUCA